AUCGAAAAUCGUACCAAGAAAGGACGUGAAAGAGAAAGAGAGAAAGAGAAAGAUAAAGAGAGAAAGAGAGAGAGGGAGAGACAGACAGAAAGAAAGAGAAAGAGAGGAAAGAGAAGUAAAAGAGAAGAAAAAGAAGUUUGUAAAAAAAAAAUGGCUGAAAACGAAGUACCUUUUUUACGUUCACUCGACAACAGCCAAAUAUCAUUCGUUAGAUUUACGAACUGUACAACACGCACCGUUGCUCUUUAUUGGAUCGAUUAUCAAGGUCAGGCCAUCAGUUAUGGCACUUUAUAUCCAGGUAGUUAUGUAGACAUCGAUACUUUUGUAACACAUCCUUGGAUCUUCGUGGAUGAUGAAACGAAAGAAAGGUUUUUGGUGAACCAGAGAGACGUAUUUUUUCCCGAGCCAUGGUUGGAAAAAUAUUUGAACGCAAGGAGGCAGUAUCUUCCCCAUAGGAUCGACAGAACGAACGCCAAAAUUAUGAUACCGAUGUACACGCUUCUUGAAUUGUCAUUAAGAGCGAUUCAAAAUUCUCUUAAAUAUAAGGAGCAAGUUUACAAACUCGACAUUCCGAGGAGUCUUCAAUACGAGCUUGCUACAAGGCUACCGAGUAAAAACAAUAAUCAAGAGGAUUCGUAAUAUUUUUUGGAUAUCCAUGGACCAGCAGACCAUCUACGUCUCGAUGGUACAUUCGUUUUGAGUCCAAUCGUUCGAUAAGUUCACUUUUUCUUUUGCUUUUUUUUUUUUUUUAAUCUUUUCAUUCUUCUCUUUUCUUCUUUUUUUUUUUUCUUUUAAUUUCAAAACGCUCAGUUACAUUUUUCCCUAUCGUUCUCUCCGAUCUAAUGUCUUUACACUUUUAGUAAACUGUGGAUUUUUGUUCUUUUAUUGAAAAAAAAAAUUUGUGAAAAGCACCUCACUUGACAAUUUUUUUUAAGGAUCGUUCCACUCGACGUAUGGUUACUAUUAUUACUAUUCCUCUUUCAUAUCGAUUUUUCUAUUACUUUUUAUUUCGAUAGCUUGUAACGAGAGGAUUCGAAUUUUCAGCAUUACAUUGAUACUAUAUAAAACCGAGUUUCAAAUUUUUUUCCAGUACGUCUCAUUUUGAAGAGGAAUGUGAACAAUGAAAAAUUGAAAAAGUGAGGAGAGAUCGUAUAUUCAGGGAAAAAUGUGAAGCGAAUGCUUAUCAUUGUACAGACGGUAAAGAAUUUGAUAUCUAAAUGUAUUAUUUUUUCUUUUUGAAUAUUAAAAUAGACGUAUCAAUUUUAAGUUUAAAAUUUAACUAUUAAGUCUUAGUAUAUCUUAUCGAAAAUAGUCGUAGAAUAUAUAUAUACACACACACAUAUAUAUAUAUAUGUAUGUAUGUAUAUAUAUACAUAUGACUGACAUCGAUCAAAUCGCGCCCGUUACCUACUUGUUGUUUAUAAGCCAUUAUUUUUUAACUUAAUCGUUAAUUAAUUAUACAUUUUUUUAUUUCGAGAUUGUUUCUCAAAGUGUAUGUAUGUAUGUAUGUAUGUGUGUGUAUAUAUAUAUAUAUAUAUAUAUAUAUAUAUAUAUAUAUAUAUGUACGUACGUACUUACACUAUUUAUCAUAUAAUUAGUAUAUAAUAUCUAAUAGAAAAGAAAUAGAUCAAAAUACCAAUUUCGUACUAACGUAUAUAUAUAUUAAUAUUAUAAAUAUAUUACAACGUUGCUAUCUCUAUAAGGAAUAAUAAUUUUAAAAUCAUACGGAUAAAGGAGAAGAUCGAACGAGAGAUAUCAAAUAAUCAGAUUUAUUCAUCAAAAUUAUAUUUCGUCUGUUAAGAUAAUCGUAUUAAAAACACAUUAACUAAUUCAAUCAAUCAAUCGAUUAUUAUUAUUAUUAUUAUUAUUAUUAUUAUUAUUAUUAUUAAAUGAUUUCGAAUGCUAGUAAAGCGGACAAUUAUCGUCCCACAAAUAUUUUAAGAAAAAUGAUUUAUCCAAUAGAAUAUUAUUUUGAAUUUGUUCGAUAUUUCUCGCAAUAGUUUUUUAAAGGAUAAUGUCGAUCGAAGUAUAUUGAAAUAUCUUUAGAAUAUUUUAACGUUCAUUUCGAACGUAAUAUAAAUAAUGUUAAUUUCUAAUAAGAAUUAUAAACAAUUUCGAUCUCGUUAGAUCGCUUUAGAAAUAAUCAUUCAUAGUUUAAGUAACGUUUAUAAGUUCUAAUCGAUUAUUUCAUCAUUUAAUGUUAACUCUCAAGUUUCAUUGUACUUUUGAACAGUUCGGUAAUUAAGUAAUCGUCGUAAUCAUCACGGAAAUUUAAAGCAAAUUCGAAGUUUAGAGGUCUUUUGAAAGAUAUGAGAUUGUGUUAUGAUGAUAAACCAACUUCGUUAUCAAUUCGUGUGAAAUUACGAAGUUAUUAAGCCGAUCUGCCCGACUAUUUUCAUGCUCUAUCUAUCUUUUUUUCUUUCUUUUUUUUUUCUAUUUUCUUUUAAUAACUUUCUAUGGAAAAUUAAAAUAUAUAAUUUUGUAGACGUAUAUUUUAAUAACUUAUUAACUAAAUUGAUCGAAAAAUGAUUAUAAGAUAUUCUGCAUUUAUUUUAUGUAAUCGAAAGAGUAUAUCAGGUAUAUUGGAUAUUACAUAGUAGAAAUAUGUUUUCCUUUUUUUAAAUAUCAAAUAGUUUUGACUGCUAUGUACGUCUAUAUAUUUAUAUGAUUACAUAUACUAUACAUUUAUUUUUACAUUAGCUUAUUCGUAUAAUUAUAUAUUAAUUAUUAGUUUCUUUAUAUUUCUAUCGUGCGUCAACGUAUACGUACAAACAUAGAUAUGUAAGUAUACGUAUGUGGUUAGCAAUCUAGACGAUAAUUUAAAAUGAUUUUUCUUUUUCUGUUCUUUUUUCUUUUUUUAUACUUUGUCCAACAUUUUAUUUUCGUGUGCGUAGAUGUAAGUUUUUUUGAAGAAAUAAUAAAUGUUUCUUAAUGACAUUACAAUCAAAAUGGUAAUGUUUUUUUGUAUUGAAAACAAUAUUUCGAACAAUUGUUUAUACAAGGAAUGAAAAACGAUUAUAACAUA